AUGAGACGAUGGAGGUCGAAAAGCGGAAUUAGUACAUCUCCCAAGUCUUCCGUCAUCUUAGGAACAGUUCGAAGCAUAUUACAAGUUCUUGGAACGCGAACGGGAUCUAAGGAUGAGCCAGUUCGACACUGGUUCACGAUGAAGGAGGUUCAGAAGAGAAAGAGAUGGCGAAGUGAAGGCAGAUACCACACCAGCUAUUCCUUAAUAAGGAAGGUGUGGAUGUGGCAUCAGAUUGCUGGCAAUAGUUCCGGAACGCAGAGAAGUGGAGACGGUUUGCGAAAUCCCAUUAAGUUUUAUUUUGAUUGGCGAUGGCUCUUCAUUCUAAGGAAUGGAGCUCCAUUGUGGCUGUAA